GGCAAUUAACAAACAGGACAUAACCAAAUUAAUUAUUAAUGUGCUUCGUGUGAGAGAUUACACUAAUACAAAAAUGAAAGGUGGACGGAAGUUUUAAAAGUUAUCAUUAAAUGCUCGAGCUGCUCUAGAAAAGGGAAAAUUGAGUCGAUCAUUUUGGCUUCGUUUUAAUGCUAAACAUAGCAGCCUUACAAUCAAACGCCAAGGGAGUGUCUCGAUAAACCGUGCACUUAAUUGUUCAAGAGAAAUGGCAUGUAAUCAUUUAGAUUCCCUUGCUAAAGAACUAGUAGAUGUUGGUAUUAUGAUAAAUGAAAAAAUGAUUGAAACAGGGGUUUGGAAUGGCACUGUUGAUACAUGCCGAAUAUUUAAUUGUGAUGAAACACCCCAGUUUAUUAAUUAUGGAAUUGAUGGUACCACUUCUGGAUUAUUUUAUGCUGGCAAAGGAGAUGCAUGUCAAAGAAUGUAUAGAGAAAACAGAGAAUGUGUCACAAUUCAACCAUUUGUUUCAUUUUCAGGCGACAUAUGUAUGUGUCAGGUAAUAUUUAAAUGUACUGGUAUUACUAGUUCUAUGGUUCCAACAGAAGCAGUAAAUAAAAUUCCCCAUUUGUUGGUCACAACUACAGAUAAUGGAGUAUCAACCCAUAAAUCUUUCUUGGCAGCAUUGAAAGAGUUUGAUGUCUACUUAAAUGAAAAAAAUGUUAAGCGACCCAUUGUCUUAUUAUCAGAUGGACAUAGCUCUAGACUAGACUGUGAUGUAUUAUCUUUUUUGGAGUCCAAAAGAAUUCAUCUUUUUCUUACUCCACCAGACACAACAGGAGUUACUCAACUUCUUGACCAAGUAAACAAGAACAUUCAUAGUGAGUAUCGUAAGCAAAAAGACUCUAUGUUUUCUGAUAUCUGUUCCUUAAACAAAGAAGCUUUUAUGUUAGUUUUAGCUAAUAUAUGGGACAAGUGGACAACCAAAGAAACGCUUGUAAAAUCUGCUAAAAGGGUUGGUGCUGCCGAAAAUGCAUUGAGUGUUGAUUUUAUGCAAAAAGACAAAUUCGAACGAGCAGAAAACUGUAUUGAACCAGAAAAACAGACUUCUCCACUAAUUUCUUUGCCGGAUAAAAGACGUGGUUCAGCAAAUUAUUGGAAAUCAAAAUUUGAACAAGCGAUGGAGUUGAUUGAUGAACUUCAUGAAAAGAGCAUUCAGCUGGAAGAAAUACCUGGUUUUAUGACAACCAAAAAGAUAAAGCCAAAAUUAACAAAAGAUGCAACACGUGUUACCCAAGUACAUGGAUCAAUGACUGCAAGCGAUGUAAUAACUCUAGUUGAAAGCAUAAAAAGAAAAAAAGAAAAAGAAAAGGAAAAAUAAGAAAAUGCUGCAAAAAAGAAAGAGGAAGUUACAAGACUCUUUAUAACAUGUAAGCUUCAAUGCUAUUGCGAGGAGAUAAAAUGUAAAGCUUUUGGCUUAAAGCAGUGUCCAACCUGCCUCAAUAUAAUGCGGUCCAUUUGCAGCAAAGCAAACUGCAAAGUAAAUUGAAAAAACCCAGAAAUGAUUUUAUCUGCAGCUGCUAGAAAGAAAUAACUGUGAUAUUCAAAAUUUUUUUUUCAUAAACUUUAACUUAACUUUUUCUUAGCGCACCCCAAAAACCACAUGUUAAAAUGUAAUUUUUAAACUUUUUUUUACAAGUUUCCCUUCUACUUAUAAUAAAAAUGGUUUGAUUUAUGUAAAUAGCAUAUAAAAGAUAAGCAAACUAGAUGGGAUUUGCAAACUUAGUCUAAAAAACCAAUAUUUUAUAGCAAUAUUACUUAAAACUCAAUUAUUUUUCUCAGCACUUUUUAAGUUUAAAACGGUUGUAAAAAAAACUCCUUUAUUGUUAAUAUUGAUUUCUUUUGUUUUAAUUGUUGCUGAAACAUUCCUUUAUGAGAAAAAAUUUCUCAUAUGGUUUUAAAAUGCAUAUUUAAAUUUUUAGAGCAUUUUAACUGACCGCGUUGUUUUUGAGGUGCCUUAGUUUUUGGGGUGCAUCUACCUGUAGGGUCUUAUAAGAAAAAUCUUCUUUAAAUCCUUUACAAUAUAUGAGGGUUGAUUAUUUGUAAGUAAUCAUUACAUUGCAAAAUUUUAUUAUUGUAUGCAAUCAUUGAUUGGAAAAUUAUUAUAGAUAGCUUUCAUUGCAUGAACACCAGUUGGCCAAAAUAACCAUUCAUCUUUUAAUGAACAACUGCCUCUGCUUCAAACCUGUUUUUAAAACAAACAA